AUGAGUGCUAUUGAAAGCUCUCCUGGUCCCUUGAAGUACAGCAGUACGCCGCCAGCAUCCACCGACGAGAUUCUUGGCAUUCGACGCCAAUAUUGCCCGGAUGCUACGAUAUUACUCGUCGGGCUUUUUGGUGCUGGCAAGAAGACGCUUGGAAUAAUCGCAUCUGUCGCCUUGCGAAGACGCUUCGUUGACUUCGAUGCGGUCUUCAAUCAAGAAGUUCAAUCAUCGCCUCAAGAGUUCAUAGCUCGUCACGGUCUAGCACGAUAUCGCGAACUCGAACUCCAAAUAUCAAAGGAUCUCCUCACAAAGUAUGAUAAAGGCUGUGUCAUUGUUGGCCUUGGAGGCACAGCAAGUCCUUCACAGCGCACCCUUUUGACCGAAUGUGGUCAUCGACAUCCCGUUAUCUACGUGCGACGAGAUGAGAACGAUCUCCAACGGCUGUCGGGAACCAGCCCAGACAAGUUCAAUCGCAUAUUCGAGGUUGUGAAUGCGUUUUUCGUGUCUUGCACCAACUUUGACUUUUUCAAUCAUACCCAAAGCGAAUCUCAGAGCGCUCCGACACUGCCCGCAUACCUCAAACUCAAAGAGACUGAGCGGGUAUUUGUGGCAUUCCUGCACCGGAUUUUUGGUAGAUAUAAUCGCCAAGUUUUCUCCACCGAUCCAUUUGCAAAGUCACAUACAUACGCUUUACAAGUUCCUGUGACAUAUCUGGAUCACCCGGAGCUUGAUCUGGAAUCACUCGAGUCUGGAGCGGAUGCCAUUGCUCUCGUGGUUCAUCCUAGUGAUAUAAAUUCCACCGGGUUGACGGAAAAGCUUGUACGCCAUAUCGCUUUGUUGAGGAAGCACUCUCGUGUUCCAAUUAUUGUGGACGUGUCAGCGCCUCAUUCAACACAUUCGGCUUUUGAUUACCACAAAACUCUUGCGACCGUUCUGCGACUUGCCCCGGAUGCCUUGACAUGUUGCCUUGAAUGCGACAAUGGUCUUCUCGCCAAGCUCAAAUCAGCAAAGGGCUAUAUCAAAAUCAUCGGCACAGUUCACGAGUCAAAUCCAGUUGGAUCUCAAGCGUCCGCGCUGACGACUCCCGCAGAGUUAAGCAGGGCUUCAGAAUGUGACGCCAUACGAGUGACUGGGGAAGCAAUAUCACCAGAUCAGAAUUACGCCUGCCUAUCCUUUUCGCAUGACAUAGAAACAACCUUGAAAAUUCCUAUCAUCACGUACAAUACGGGGCCAAUAGGACAAGCCUCGAUUUGCCUGGGCCGAACUUUGUCACCAGUUGUAGUCCCGUCCUCGAAAGAGGCAGGUAUAACGAUGCGCGAUGCGCAAUCUGCGUUGACCGCUUGUUUCUUGCAGUCAAGGAAAACCUUCACCAUUUUCGGACAAAGCGUAAAGUACAGUCUUUCGGCAGCGAUGCAUAACACUGCCUAUGCGGCAUGUGGAUUGCCACAUAUCUACGACACACUCCAAAGUCAAAGUCUAUCAGAUAUCCAUCGACUCUUGAAAGAUGAGAACCACGGUGGUGUGACGAUCUCUCUUCCAUACAAAUCAGCAAUCUUACCUUUUCUUGACGAAGUCAGCUCUGACGCAAAAGAUAUUAACGCCGUCAAUACGGUAGUGCUGGAGCACAGUCAGCUUCCCAAUGGUGAAAGAGUCACGAUUCGGCGGGGUUACAACACCGAUUACAUUGGGAUCAGAGAUUGCAUCCAUAAACACCUCUCUCCAGCGAAUGCAGUUCGCGAUGGUACCACAGCGUUGAUAAUUGGCGCUGGAGGAAUGGCUCACGCUGCGAUCUAUGCAUGCUAUGAGCUUGGCGUUCGGAGGAUGUGCAUCUACAACAGAACGAUCGAGAAUGCCAAAAGGCUUGCAGACUAUUUCCACCAGUGGGCAAAGUCGAAGUCUGGAGUCAAUUUGCAACUCGACGUGCUCUGCUCGCCAGAGGACCCUUGGCCGUCAAAUUGUCGGUUGCCCACUAUUGUCACCUCUUGUAUUCCACCAUAUGAACUUGGAAGUGAAGAUUCAAUUGAUAUGCUGCUGUCAGAACAGUGGCUUAGCAGCCGAACGGGUGGCGUGUAUCUCGAGGUUGGAUAUGGCCCCUCGAGGACUCGAUUAAUGGAACAAUUUCUCCCCCGUGCAUCGAAGGGAUGGGUGGUAGUAGAUGGACUGAUGGUGCUGGUUGAGCAAGGCAUUGUUCAAUACGAGAUCUUCACUAAGAGACCAGCACCAGUUCAUGUAAUGCGACAUGCUAUUCGUGAACAGUCUAUCAGGCAUGGGUUUGUUCAUUGA